AUUUUCGGUUUUAUCUCAGUUUCAUUCUUUGCUUCUCUCUCUAUAAUCUUUGAAAGCACGACGCAGAGAGAGAGAAAAGGAUCAGAAGAGGAAGACGAUAGAGAGACAGAGAGAGAGAUGGAUCCAGACGCAGUUGCCAAGGCCUUCGUCGAGCACUACUACACGACCUUCGAUUCGAAUCGCGCGGGGUUGGUCUCUCUCUACCAGGAAGGAUCCAUGUUGACCUUCGAAGGGCAGAAGAUCCAGGGCUCUCAGAACAUCGUCGCCAAGCUCACCAGCCUUCCUUUCCAGCAGUGCAAGCACAACAUCACCACCGUCGAUUGCCAGCCCUCUGGUCCCGCCAACGGCAUGCUCGUCUUCGUCUCCGGAAACCUUCAGCUCGCUGGCGAACAGCACGCUCUCAAGUUCAGCCAGAUGUUCCAUUUGGUAUCGAAUCAGGGAAACUACUACGUGUUCAACGACAUAUUCAGGUUGAACUAUGCCUGAGGAAUGUGGUGGCAUGGGUAUAUGAACCAUUGUUUCACGCCAAAAGAGACUGAUGGAAAGUUUGGGGGUUUAGAUUCAUGUUUUGGGAACUGAAGCUUUUACUUUCUUGUCUUUAUGUUUAAUCAAUGGAGCUCUCUGGACACUUUGGUUGAAAUGACUCCUUUUGUUUUCGGGCACUGAUCCAUGAUUCAGUAACUGCUUAUUAAGGAUAAAAACAAAAGGUUUGUUUGAAUGAAACAUGGUUCUCUGUUGGAACUCUU